UGUCCUGGGAGCAGGGCCAGUGUCGGGGGUGGGAGAGCUGUCUAGGGUUCCGACGGCAGCUCUUCGCGCUCUUAGAGGGGGACGGGCUGAGGUGAGCCUUCCCUCAUCUAGCUGGGAGACCCUGUGGCAGCACCCCCGCGGCGGAGGUCGACGGCACCGGCGGUGUAUGCAUCCGGCGGGCCGUGGGGUGCUGGGGCGGCAGCGCGGAUCGGGGGCGGAGGAAAGUGAUGAGAAGUUGAGGGAGGACGGAGCGAGGGUGCCCUCUCUUCUUCUCGGCCCGCGCCGCAGCGGUUGCCUAGCCCUGAAGCAGGUGCAGCAGAGCCUGAACAGAGGAUACAGGCGGGCCCGGCGCCACAGCGGAGGGGCUCCGGCGGGAGCAGGGCCUCAGGCCGGGCCGGACGGAGCCGCGCAGCCUCCGCGCCCGCUCAACUGAAGGAAAAGAGCGGCGAGGGGAAGCUCCGAGCAACGGCGGGCAGCUCGUUCCGGUCUUCAGCUUGUUACCAGAGGCAGCGGCGCGAAGAAACGGCCUUGAAGAGAGAGCGCUAUGAAGCCGUACACUCCAGCUUUCAUUCUCCUGUGGAGUGCUGUUGGGAUAGCGAGGGCUGCCAAAAUUGUUGUUGUGCCGCCAAUUAUGUUUGAAAGCCAUCUUUAUAUUUUCAAGACUCUGGCCUCAGCCUUGCAUGAACAAGGUCACCAGACAGUGUUUCUCCUUUCUGAGGGCAGAGAGAUUCCUCCAUCUAAUCACUAUAGACUUCAGCGCUACCCAGGGAUCUUUAACAGCAGCACCUCAGAUGAUUUUCUCCAGUCCAAGAUGAGGAGUAUCUUUUCUGGGAGACUGACAGCCCUCGAACUGUUUGAUAUCCUGGACCACUAUUCCAAGAACUGUGACAUGAUCGUUGGCAACCAAAACCUCAUGCGUGCUCUGAAACAGGAAAAAUUUGACCUGCUCCUGGUAGAUCCCAAUGAGAUGUGUGGAUUUGUUAUAGCUCAUCUUUUAGGUGUUAAGUACGCCGUGUUCUCCACUGGCCUCUGGUAUCCAGCAGAAGUAGGUGCUCCAGCUCCCCUGUCUUACGUUCCAGAAUUUAACUCGCUGCUCACAGAUCACAUGAACCUAUUCGAGAGGAUUAAAAAUACUGUUGUUUAUCUUAUUUCAAGAUUUGGAGUCAGUUUUUUGGUUCUGCCAAAAUAUGAAAGGAUAAUGCAGAAAUACAAGGUUCUGCCAGAACGGUCCAUGUAUGACUUGGUUCAUGGAUCCAGCCUGUGGAUGCUUUGUACUGACAUAGCACUGGAGUUUCCAAGACCUACGCUACCCAACGUCGUUUAUGUAGGAGGAAUCCUAACCAAACCAGCCAGCCCUUUGCCAGAAGAUCUCCAAACAUGGGUGAAUGGUGCUAGCGAAAGUGGCUUUGUCCUCGUGUCAUUUGGAGCUGGAGUGAAAUAUCUGUCGGAAGAUAUAGCGAAUAAGUUGGCACAUGCUCUGGCAAGACUGCCUCAGAGAGUUAUCUGGAGGUUUUCAGGAACGAAACCAAGGAAUUUAGGCAACAAUACGAAGCUCAUAGAGUGGUUACCGCAAAAUGACCUCCUUGGUCACUCUAACAUUAAAGCUUUUCUUAGUCAUGGGGGUUUGAACAGCAUUUUUGAAACCAUGUACCAUGGGGUCCCAGUGGUGGGGAUUCCCCUCUUUGGAGACCAUUAUGAUACCAUGACUCGUGUGCAGGCCAAAGGCAUGGGAAUAUUAUUGAACUGGAAGACCGUCACUGAGAGUGAAUUGUAUGAAGCCUUAGUAAAAGUUAUUAAUGAUCCCAGUUACCGGCAGAGGGCCCAGAGGCUGUCCGAGAUUCACAAAGACCAACCUGGUCAUCCUGUUAACCGGACUGUGUACUGGAUUAAUUACAUCCUCCGUCACAAUGGAGCCCAACAUCUACGUGCCGCUGUUUACAACAUCUCUUUCUAUCAGUAUUUCUUACUGGAUAUUGCCUUUGUUGUACUAGUGGGUGCUGCCUUACUUUAUUAUCUUUUGGCCAGGAUAACAAAAUUUAUCCGCAAACAAAGCAAACAUCUUUGGUCAAAUGAUGAACAUAGUGCUGUUAAUGGACAUUAUCAGAAUGGGAUACCAAAUGGCAAAUAUAGAAGAAAUGGCCACAUUAGGCAUGAAAAAAAGGUGAAAUGAGCCAACAGCCCCGUGUAAAGUAGUAAUGAAUCAGAUCAGUAAUCGAAUCUUAUCGCUGUAACUUAGUCUAACAACUACUUAAAACCUCAGUAAGCGGUUCUAACACUCCCCUUCAGUAUGUAAUAUUAUGUGACAAAAUUCUAUGGAACUAAGUCUUGAAAAGAAAAAAGAAAAAAGGCAAGCACAACCUAAAAUGGAAAGUAUUUUAUUCUUAAUACUGAUGCAGAGAGGUUAUUUUGGCACUGAAGUUUUUAGAAGCCUUAAUUCUCUAAAGUAAAACAAUGACUGUAUUUAUGAAUUUUCAGUUUUUAAAAGCUAAAUGUGUGUGUCCCAAAUGAGGAGAGAUUUCUUUUUAUUUGCAGAAGAUUUUUCCUUUUUAUUUUUUUUUAUUAUUUUAAUAUAUCCAUCUUUUAGC